AAGCGCUUACAAAAAAAAGAACUGAGAGCAUUUUCUAAAGGUUGGAUAAGGAUUGCUCUGGACAGGGGUUUAAUUCCUCUUUCAGAAGGCAUUGAAGACGGUCACCACAUGCUGGUAGACACUGCCGUCUGCCGGUGGAAAACUAUCUUUACUAGUUAAAUCAGUCCUCGUAAAAAAGUUCAGUUGGUAUGGAUAGACCUCAGUCGGGUACGCCCUUAUUCUAGCAGCGAAAUCGAAAUACACACGGCGCGCCCAAGGUGGACAACCGCUCAAGUCAUUUGACUUAAGACGCCACUCCUUAAAACCCGCCAGGGAGUGAAGGAUCGCAGCUCUGCUCACAAAGAACCUGGAGCUCCCUAAGACCUGGGUCCUCGUGUAGUUCUGGUUCUGCUGCAAGGUGAUCUUGCCCGCGCUAGGUCACCGGUCGGAUCUCGGCAAGAACAUAAAGACUUCAGAGCUGUCAAAUUCUUUGGCACUCUCUUGAGUCUCUUCGGACUUAGGUUGCCUCAGAUACUUCUGAAUGCCCGGAUACUAAACAGUUCCAAAUACUACUUUGAAACUUGAGAAGAUAAUAAUAAUAAUAAUAAUAAUAAUAAUAAUAAUAAUAAUAAUAAUAAUAAUAAUAAUUAAUAACAAAAAUAUAUAAAAAAAUAAUAAUAAUAUAUUUAAUUUGUAGAGCACUUUACAUUCAGAAAUCUUAGUCUUAAAGGAAGACUUAGGAACUCGCGGAGACUUUGAUCCCGCAAAGACUUUGGAACUCGCAAACACUUCGGAACUCACAAAGACCUCGCAAAAAAGACUUCAGUUAAGAUCUUUGUGUCAAAGGGGAUCUUCGCUCCGCAGCGUUUUACAGGAAGAGGAAGGGAGUGAGGGCCGAGAUGCUUCUGGCCGCGUUGAGAGGCAUCGGCAAGCAGCUCCUGAGGGUCAAGGUGGUGGACUGCAACGCCGAGGACAGCCGCCUGGCCCGAUGCCUCAACACCUUCGACCUGGUGGCCCUGGGCGUGGGCAGCACGCUGGGCGCCGGCGUCUACGUGCUGGCGGGCGCCGUGGCGCGAGACAACUCGGGACCGGCCAUCGUCCUGUCCUUCCUCAUCGCCGCCAUGGCGUCCGUCCUGGCCGGCUUGUGCUACGCCGAGUUCGGCGCUCGAGUCCCCAAGACGGGCUCCGCCUACCUGUACAGCUACGUGACGGUCGGGGAGCUCUGGGCCUUCAUCACAGGCUGGAACCUCAUCUUGUCCUACAUCAUCGGAACUUCUAGCGUGGCCAGAGCAUGGAGUGCCACGUUCGACGAGCUGAUUGGCCGACACAUCGGGGACUUCUGCAAGCUCUACAUGCCGAUGAACGCCCCAGGGAUCCUGGCCGAUUACCCAGACAUCUUCGCUGUUUUCAUCAUCAUCAUCCUCACAGGACUGCUGGCGUUUGGGGUGAAGGAGUCGGCGAUGGUGACCAAGGUGUUCACCUGUGUGAACGUACUGGUGCUGCUGUUUGUGGUCAUCUCUGGUCUGGUGAAGGGGUCCGUGAAGAACUGGCAGGUGGACCCCUAUGAGGUCCUCAACAGCAGCGCCGGCCUCAACGUGUCCGACCUGCUGCCGCUGAAGGAGAGCCUGGGUCAGGGGGGCUUCAUGCCCUUUGGGUUCACCGGGGUCCUGUCCGGCGCGGCCACCUGCUUCUACGCCUUCAUCGGCUUCGACUGCAUCGCCACCACAGGGGAGGAGGUGAAGAACCCGCAGCGGGCCAUCCCCAUCGGCAUCGUGUCCUCGCUGCUCAUCUGCUUCGUGACGUACUUCUGCGUGUCGGCGGCCCUCACGCUCAUGAUGCCCUACUACCUGCUGGACGAGAGCAGCCCUCUGCCCGUGGCCUUCUCCUACGUGGGCUGGGCGGGCGCCAACUACGCCGUCGCCAUCGGAUCCCUGUGUGCCCUGUCCACCAGUCUGCUGGGCUCUAUGUUCCCCAUGCCUCGGGUGAUCUGGGCUAUGGCUGAGGACGGCCUGCUCUUCAAGGGUCUGGCCCAGAUCAACAGCCGGACCAAAACACCCCUCAUCGCCACCCUAGCAUCCGGCAUCGUGGCAGCUGUGAUGGCCUUCCUGUUUGACCUGAAGGAUCUGGUGGACCUCAUGUCCAUAGGAACCCUGCUGGCCUACACACUGGUGGCUGCCUGUGUGCUGGUGCUCAGGUAUCAACCGGAGCAGCCCAGCCGGGCCUACGAGGCGGCCAACACCCAGGACGACAUGGACGGGCUGGACCCACAGGGCGAGGUGAGCGAGGGGUUCCUCCCGCGGACGGAGGAGCGCUUCACCCUGAGGAACCUCCUAUUCCCCACCAACACCGAGCCCACCGCGCUGUCCGGCUUCAGCGUCAACAUCUGCACCAGCACCCUCGGUGUUCUGGUGUUAGUCUUCUGUGUUAUUGCCGUGCAUGGAGGUUUCGCCAGCUGGUCUCUGUCACUGCUGGGCAUAAUCUUCUUGCUGUGUCUCACCAUCACCCUGAUAGUGUGGAAGCAGGCACAGAGCAAGACCAAGCUAGCUUUUAAGGUUCCAUUCCUACCCUUCAUCCCAGUGGCCAGCAUGUUUAUUAACAUCUAUCUGAUGAUGCAGCUCGACAAGGGAACCUGGCUUCGCUUCUCCAUCUGGAUGGUCUUAGGGUUCGUCAUCUACUUCAGCUACGGGAUACGCAACAGUGCGGAGGCCGUGUUGACGAGAGCUAGCGGGGCCGGCUACAAACCGGCGUGCUCGCUCAGCGAACACCCCGUGUCCUUCGAGAAGGAGAUGUUCCUCAACAACCGACCCCAUGCCCCCGAAGACGACGACGACGAAGAAGAUUCAUGAUUUUCAAGGUUUUGUUAAUCGGCCUAGAAGUUGUGUUGCUAACAUGGAAUUAGCAUGGAUCAUGGAAAAGUGAAUUAACACCUGACCUAUUCAGAAGCACUAAUUUAAACAUUGGCAAAGCAUUGAAAUCGGUACUUUGUGCACUACUAUGGCCCUCCUGAUCAGUACAAAAAUGCUUGAACAUAUGCCUUUUUAUUACUAAAAAGAACUAAAUGGUUUGGUCGAUUAGAAAUUAAUUGCAGUUUGCUAAAAAAUGUAUUCACAGACACUCUUUUCUCUCUGGAGUGCCUUUUACAUGCAAACGGAACAAGCCUGUAAGGGGCACAUUCAACUCUCCCACCGUCCUGUGUGUGGGCUCCGAAUUCACCAACCUUAAAUCCCUAAGUUUGUUUAUAUCUACAAAAUCGUUCAAACGUUCAAACAGGGCGCCCGCAAGGACCACAUGACACCCGCAGGCCUGUUCUAAACAUAGCACAACUCAUUCUCGAACAACUCUUUCUCACCUUUUUUAAGUCAUUGUUGAUAAUUAUUGGGAGAAAUCAGUCACAUGAUCAGUGUCUUCACAUAGAUGAGUAUCAUUAAUCAUUAAUAAUAUAUAACUAAAGGCAAACUGAGCGAAUUUGUUAUUGCAGAAGAGUGUAUAGAACUGGGUGCCCUUCGUAUGGUUCUCUCAGGUUCAAAAAGGUUGGUGACCCCUGGUUUAGUAUCUCACGCUUGUCAGCCGCCAGGGGUUCAUAGGUGCUUGUGUGUUUGUUCCUCCGAGGUCGGUUUCUGGAACUGGGUCUCUCCCAGGUGGCGUCGUAAAAAAAACAACUGCCUCCCGGAAGAAUUGUGAGUCGGAAGACAGCUGGCGUCCAUUUUUAAACCCAGUCAGCUGAUCAUGAGCUGAGUUUAACGAAGCCAUGCAUGUCCAUCGGGCUCCACGUGUCGUAUUAAAAGAACAUGCUCAACCGCAAGACACGGAAAACAAUACAAAUUUGGCUAAAGAAAAACCUUUCUGAUGACCAUUCAGUCUGCUGGAACCAUUUUUAUAUUCCGGUUCUAGUAUGUUUUACUAUUUAGUCA